ACACCAACCACCAACACGCGGAAAACACCAUGGCCACAAAGCAGAGAACGCGCACAAACCAGGCUAUCACGCUCAAGGGCUCGACUGCGCUUGUCACUGAGUUCUUCGAGUACAGCGUCAACUCCAUUCUCUACCAGCGCGGCGUCUAUCCUUCCGAUGAGUUCCGAAUGGUGAAGAAGUAUGGCCUGCCGAUGCUCGUUACUUCGGAUGAAGGGCUCAAGGAAUACAUCCAGACAAUCCUCAGCCAGGUGUCUGAUUGGCUCCUUUCGUCUACCCUCACGCGUCUGGUACUCGCCAUCAAGUCGAUUGAGACGGACGAGACGCUCGAGCGGUGGCAGUUUGACAUCCACACGGAGGACGGGCCAACGACCGCCGGCGCGAUCCCUGGUGCACCGAAGCCCACGAGGAAACCAAACAAGACGGAGAAGGAGGUGCAGGGCGAGAUCCGCGACAUCAUGAAGCAGAUCACGAGCAGUGUGACCUUCCUGCCCAUCCUGGAUGAUGAGUGCACAUUCACCAUCCUUGCGUACACCAACGACUCUCCGGACGCGCCUAUCCCCGCGACGUGGGGCGAUGCCGACCCACACCUGAUUGACCGCGGCAAGGUCGAGCAGGUCCGUCUACGCAGCUUUAGCACGAACGUUCACAGUCUCGAGGCCAUGGUUGCGUACCGCGUUGGCGAGUAGUCCUAAAGAGAGGGUAUAUAUAGGGGAAUAGACCAGGAAGUAAUAGACCACUGUACAUCGCAUCAACAUGUUACGCUUGCUCAUGAGAA